AAUAUUGUUCCUGCUCACUGGAGCAGAGCAUAGGAACUGCUCAACAGUGGAGGAUUGUGGCGGAUACAAAGGAGCAGUUUGUACUGAUGGCCUGUGUCAGUGUGAUCAACAUUUCUUUGAGUUCAUGGCUAACAAUUGUACUGUAGUACCGACAGUUACAAUAACAGAAGAGACUCACAUUAUUUAUGGAUACACGACCAUAUUGAAUUCUACAGUUGCUUCACUACUACCGAUUACAACCUUUAUAUGGCAAAAAUUAGACAGUGAUGUGCCGACAAAUAUAUCGUUCAACGACGACAAAUACGCACAGGACCUCACAAUUAAUAAUGGAAGUUAUGGUCUCUUCCUUCUUAUAAACAAUACAGAAUUUCCUGACGAGGGCGAAUAUCGGGUUGUGCUGGAAUUACCAGGAAUUAUCCUGAAAAGUCAAAUAAUUUUUCUCAAUGUUACUGGAGAACGACCAGCGGUUGCCCUAUCAGAGCCUUUUGAAUCUUCAUCCACAAUUACAAUUCCAUGUCUUAUUACAAUCUCAUCAGAUUCUCCUUCCUUAUCAGCAAUCACAUGGUUAAAAAAUGGAAAAUCUAUAAAUAUCACGGGGAACUUCCGGAAAUACAGUGGAGGGUCCUUGACGAAUCCCAACAUCACAGUUCAUAACGUGGAUUCCAAAGAUCUGGGAAACUACUCUUGUGAAGCAUGGAAUGCCAUAGGAAAUUCAACGAGUGACGUCAUUACAUUACGACCACCAAACAUUUUCAUUAUGGGAAAUAGUACAGCCCCAUUAAGCGGGAAAGCAAUGUUUCUAGGAAACAUUUCUUCUGUUUUAUCUGUAACUGAUAUUAAAUGGCAAUCACAAAUCGAGAGUAAAGGCGUCCUGACCAUCGACGUAUUAUCUGCUAAAUACAAUGGGAGUUCUACAUCAUUGGAAAGACCAAUCCUCAUUAUCAACAAUAUAGAUAUGAAUGACAACGCUACGUAUGUUUUGAUAGCAACUAAUAAACUAGGAACUACAAUAAGCAAUGCUUUGCAUCUACAGAUCAUAAUGGUUCCUGUGGUCAGUUUAAUUGGACCUUCACAUGUGUUGGAGGGUACAACCGCCAUCUUAAGGGCAACCAUUAAGUCAACAGAAACAACUAAUGACACCUGGUUAAAGCAACAUAACGGGACAUCCUCCAUUAUUUUCAUAGAUAAUUACAAAUAUGCCAGAAGGUUUGUAAUUACGGGUGAUAAAGAGAAGGAAAAUCUACUAGAAAUUAGAAAUGUUGGACCUCAAGAUAUGGUGUUUUAUCAGCUACAUGUAUCUAAUUCUGCUGGGGAAAGUUUCAGCAACAAAAUACACUUAGAUACCAUUAAAGCUCCACCGUUGAUGACUGACUUUGCCCUUGUGAUGCACAAAAUUGUCAUGGAAACAACUAUUGAAGUAGCUUUAAAUGCAACAUUUUUCACAAAUGACAUAAAUGGUCAUAUCGUUUAUUUUGGAAUAGCAGUCUGUUCAAAAUGUUCUGAUCUAGAUAAACAACCUCGUACACUCAGUUAUAUGUGGGAAAGUCUUCCAGACUGGUUUGAGGCAAGGCAGAAUCAAUUUACUCUGUAUCGGGCAACGGAUGAUAAUUUUAUGACAGCAAUAAAACUACAUGCUCAAGCAUCGAAGGCAGACAGCACAGUUCCUGUUGUAGUAGGAUCGACUUUAGGGGUCAUUGUAAUCGUGAUACUGGUAGUUGGUGUUGUUGUCUUCGUACACAGAAAGUACAGCACAAGCGGAUACACACAUUUCAGGAGAGAUUAUAAUAUUAAACCAAUUCGGGUUGAGUUUUUAUUAAAUCAUGUACAAGAGUUAACUAGAGAAAACGGCGCAAGACUAAGCAAUGAAUUUUCAGAAUUGACCUCACUCGUCUCAACAAGUCCUGCAACCGUUGGAAAUCUGAUGGAAAACUACGAGAAAAAUAGAUCUUCAACAAUUCCUUAUGAUUCAAAUAGGGUCAAGCUGCAUCACCCCUUGGAGGUACCAGAGAUGAACUAUAUCAAUGCUAGUCAUGUCUUUAAUAAUGAGUACAUUAUUACCCAGUAUCCGCAACGCAGAACUAUGAUUGACUUUUGGAAGAUGAUAUGGGAGCAGAACAUUUCUACAAUAGUAAUGAUUACUCCGUUGAAUGAAAUGAAAAAGUGCUUCCAAUACUAUACUGGAGAACAAAGACCGUCAUGUACAUAUGGCGAUGUGGUUAUUACACCCAUGGCUACAUUUAUGUAUGGCAAGAACUUGAAAAUCAGAAACUUAGAUGUUUACAAGAAAAUGAACAGGAGAGUAAGAAGAAUUAUCACCCAUUUCCAUGUAUAUGCUUUAAAUGAAAGCACAAUGGCCAGAGACAUUGUUGAUUGUAUCAAAAUUAUACGUUCGAAUAUUCAGCCUGGGUUAAAACCACUUGUUGUACACAGUGGAUCUGGUCCGGAAUGGAGCGGGGUUUUUGGCCUGAUGGAUUAUAUAAUUCAAAAGAUUAGAAAUGGAUCUAAUACAAUCGAUAUAUCUGCAACAACUCUUCAACUUCUUGAUGAAAGAAUGGCGGUGCUUUCAAGCGUGUGUUUAUCUUUUUUCAUAUAUAACCUAUAUUAG